AUGGUGAGCUACGAGGACCAAGGCGCAAAGGCUAAACAUGUCGUCCUCAUCUCUAUCGUCUGGUCACUCUUCGGAAUCGCCACACUCUUCUUCUGCGCUCGAAUACUGAUCCGGAUCAAAUUCUCCAAGCGCAUUUUCAUCGACGACGGUCUAGCUGGCUUUGCGUUGAUUUGCUUGUUAGCGAACGCAACCCUCACUCAGAUAAUGCUCCCAUCCAUGUACGUUGCGGUGGAGAUGGAGCAAUUUUCAGCAUCGAUCAAACGCGCAGCGACAAUAAACAUCAUCGGAACCAUACCGCAUUUCCUGAAAUAUCAAUUUGCCGAAACCAUGAUCUAUUGGACAUGCUUGUGGGCAGUGAAGGGUAGUUUUCUAGCAUUUUUUAGACGCCUGGCAACAAAUGUUAGAGGUCAUUUAAUCGCUUGGUGGAUUAUCGUUAUCAUCACGGCAUUGGCAUAUAUUGGCUGUGUGAUAACAUAUCCAGUUUCGUGCAGCGACUUUUCCGGAAUUGGAUGCACUACUCCGAGAAACGUGCGGCUUGCAUUGGUUUCCUUAAGGUUUAGCACAUCCGUCGAUAUCCUCACAGAUCUCUUAAUCAUGGCGCUCCCAAUGUCGCUGGCCUGGAGAGUCAAGUUACCACUAAAGACUCGCCUGGCGCUUAUCAGUGUUUUUUCACUAGGUGGUUUGAUAAUCUUCUUCGCAAUUAUGAGGGUCAUUUUCACAAACAAAGAACAUAGACAGCCGGAGAUAUCGUGGUUGAACAUUUGGUCGGCGAUUGAAGCUAGCGUUGCCUGCAUUGUAUGCAACUUGGCGCCGUUUAAAAUUCUCUUCAAGGGACAGGUGCACAAUCACUCAAGUGACCCCUCAUAUUACGGUCGCCAUUAUGCGAAGCAGGAGAAGACGAACCUAGAAAGCCAUGAGAUGCAAUUUCCGGCUUACGUGGAAGAGCCAGCCAGAGCAAGGCGGGCAGAUGAAAAGGAGGCAGUCGAGGAGUUUAACGAGCUACAUCCGGCUCUUCGCCCCAUACGAGUGAAGGGAGAUGCAGAAUUCCCUGUUGUAUACCCACAGAGGGCUAAGAAAGUCAACAUGCGUACCAAAAUAUCUGCAAAUGCUGGAGGAUCUGGUCGGCCAUCAUUGGAUGGUGGCGGCAUUGUAGUCACUAAAGAGGUGGAGCGUAAGGUUGUACCGGCUGACCAGGUGACGAUGACCAGUGCUAGUACUGAGCAGUCAAAGUAUCCGCCGAUGAGAACAACAUGGAUAGAACGCGGGAGCGAUGACUCUUUGGAACACAUGUUGGCAAUAGGGCAACACCGGAGUCAAGGAAGUCAGCAUUGGUUGCAAAGAGAACCGCGUAGCGUUGCUUCGGAAUAUUCCAUUGAUUAA